CUAGCGACUAGCAAGCAUCAUCGUUUUUUCGUUAUCCAGCACCUGCACACUGUGUGGUUCUCUCUGUCUCUCUCUCUCUCGCAGUGUGUUCCUUUGACUCAGAUUGUGUGUUCCUCCCACUAGUACUACCAAUACCAAUACCAAUACCAUAGUUGUUGUUACUAACAAGGAAAGAUUACUAAUUUACUAUCCCCUGAAACCCAAAAUGUUGCCUUAACAAAUGCUAUGCCUAUGCACUCUCUCUUUUUCACUAAGCUCUUGAAAUUGGCUGAAUGAGCUCCCAUGCCUUUACUAGCAGAGAUUGCUGCUGCGCAGCCUGCCUUCCAAAGUCAUUUGUGUAUGCACAGGGCUCAAAUUUGUAGUCAUGGUAAACUAUCAUCAACUUCAUUUACCUUGGCAAAUGAGAAAAGAUUGUCCUGUGCUUGGAAAUCCUUAGGCUUAGCUAAAGAACUAUUCUUUAGUGUGAAGAACCUUGAGGUAAGAAGGGGUAGACUCCGAAUCAAUGCAGUUGCUACUCUUGAGACCAAAGGAUUGGUUCAAAAUGAAAAUGGACAGAAGGAUUAUGAUGUUUCACAGGUUGGUGCCAAUUCAAGUCUCCCAACAAUUCAACUUGUUGAAGACUCAAACGAAUUGGGUGAGAGAGAGAGGUUGAGAAGAAUGAGAAUAUCUAAAGCAAAUAAGGGGAACACGCCAUGGAACAAAGGCAGGAAGCACAGUGCUGAAACCCUUCAACGGAUCAAAGAGAGAACAAAGCUCGCAAUGCAGGAUCCUAAGGUCAAAAUGAAGUUAAUGAACCUUGGACAUGCUCAGAGCGAAGAGACAAGGAUGAAAAUUGCAGUUGGGGUGCGAAUGGGGUGGCAAAGGCGACGAGAGAGGCUCAUGGUGCAGGAAAAUUGCUACUUUGAGUGGCAGAACCUGAUUGCAGAAGCUUCUAGACGAGGUUUUGUUGGUGAGGUAGAGCUACAGUGGGAUUCCUACAGGAUCUUGGAUGAGCAGCUCAAGCAAGAGUGGAAGGAGAGUGUUGAACGAAGGAAAAUGAUGGAAAGACCGAAAGGUAGCAAGAGAGCACCUAAGUCCCUUGAGCAAAGGAGGAAAAUUGCAGAAGCCAUCUCUGCAAAAUGGGCUGAUCCUGAUUAUCGUAAUCGGGUUUGCUCUGGCUUGGCUAAAUAUCAUGGCAUAGAACCUGGUGCCGAAAGAAAGUCAAGGAGAAGGCCAAGUGAUGGUACACGAAUGUCUAAAAGGAGCCCUAUGAAGAAGAAGGAUAGUGAUAUGAGUGACUCUUCUGAGGGUGAGGCCAAAAUCCAAAAUCAGCGUUUAAGGUUGAGGAGAAAUAGUGCACCCCUUUACAAAGAUCCCCUGGUGAGUUCUAAGCUGGAGAUGAUAAAAAACAUCAGAGCAAAGAGAGCAGUUGUAGAAACAAAGAAAAUGGAAGCCAUUGAACGAGCACAGCUAUUGAUUGCGGAAGCUGAGAAGGCUGCCAAGGCCCUUGAGAUUGCUGCAACAAAGAGCCCUAUUGCUCGAGCUUCCCUAAUGGAAACCAGAAAACUUAUAGCCGAAGCAAUCCAAUCGAUUGAAUCCAUAGAGACUGGUCAGAUCAAUUCCCAUGAGAAUGGCAGUUUCCCUUCUAUUGCCUCAGACGAUCUGAUUAGCCAAGUUGAUAAGGAUUCAAGCGCAAAAAUUGAAGUUCCAAACCAUGCAGACCUGAGAGAAGUAAAUGGGACUCCAAUCGUGCCAAGCAAGGAUGACGACUUCAACUUCAGCAAGUUCACCUUACAUGAGUUACGGAAUAAUGAGGAGGAACUUCUUCCAUCAAGCUUCAGUGGUUCUGGUUCGUCCCCGUUUGGUUUUAAUAGUCUAAUGAAGCAAUCAUGUUCGAGGAAUGACUUGAACCAGGUAGAACCAAAUGGCUAUGGUGAGUGUCGAAAAGACCCUCUAUUAAAUGGAACCGAGGUUGAGUCCCUGAAAGAGGAAACACCUGAAUUGGUUCCCGUAACCAAAAAAUGGGUUCGUGGGAGGCUUAUUGAAGUAGCAGAAGAAGCUUAGCGUUGGUGCAGGAAACAUCAUAAAUUUUUUUUAUGUUACUAUUAUCUCCGUUCUUUGAACAUAUGAAUGUAUAAUGCAAGUCUUGAUCACAGCGGUUCCAACCAAAAGGCCUUUGCCAUCUUAGUUUAAAGGCUCAAAGUUGGAUGCUGCAGUUUUUUAAGCAAUAUUAGUGCCAACUGCCAAUUUAGAUCAGUUAGAGUCGUAAUAACAUUAUAGUUUGUGUCCACGAUCAAUUUAGUUUCUACAUAUAUUUCCCUCUA